AUAAAAUAAACUUUAAACUUUUCUAUAUUAUAUGUAUAUCAGUGUAUGGCUAUAUGUAAAAAAAUUAACUAGGCAAUUCACUAAUAUAAACGACUAUAAGCAGCCAUUAAAUCUAGUAAAUUAUAGCAAAUCCAAACUUUCUCUAUGUUAAUUCAACCAUAAUCAAACUAUUGAACUUUUUACUGUUGGAUGCCAAGAGGGAGUGCAAGCAGAGAGGGAAUCCGGCACAGGGCAACAAGCAGAGAGCAAGUCCGGCACAGUGCAGUAAGCAGAGAGCAAGUCCAGUGUAGUGCAGCAAGCAGAGAGGGGUUCGGCACAGUGCAGCAAGCAGAGAGCAAGUCCGGCACAGGCAGCAAGCAGAGAGGGUCCGGCGCAGUGCAGCAAGCAGAGAGGGUCCGGCACAGUGCAGCAAGCAGAGAGCAAGUUCGGCACAGUGCAGCAAGCAGAGAAGGAGUCCGGCAUAGGCAGCAAGUCCGGCACAGGCAGCAAGUUCGGCACAAUGCAGCAAGCAGCAGAGAGCAAGCCCGGCACAGUGUAGCAAGCAGCAGAGAGCAAGUGCAGAGACAAAGUUCAGUAGUCAGCAGGAUGAACUCUAGCAGAUCUGCAGGCUGCAACUAACAGCUUUAACAGCAGCUCCAGAAGCAGAUCUGUAACAGCUUCAGCAGCAUAUUUGUAGCAGCUUCAACAGCAGAUUUGCAGUAGAUUUGUAGCAGCAAGAAGGGGAGAGGAAGGUUGAAGGUGAGGUGAGACUUGAGAGCUUGAUUGGCCGGCUGAAACAAAGAGUGAGUGAGGGGCUGUCUGCGACGUGAGUGAGGACUGAGGAGAAAGGGAGGGGAAAUUACCAAAGUUAUGAAAUUAGGGUUGGAAGGGGGAUUAAUUAGGGUUACAAGUUGUAAGGAGGAUGUUGGAUUGGGUUGGCCGGUUGGGUUGGACAUUUGGGUUGGGUUUGAUAAAAUUUAAUUUUUAUU